CGGGUGUUCAAUAUUUUUGAAUUUCUCUCCUAUAAAUUAAUAAAUUAAAUUAAAUUUGCUUCUCAGUUUAUGAAAUCGAAUACAAUAUUAUUAUCGCAAAUAAAAAAAAUAUUUUGCUGUUAAUUUCAUGUGCAUAAUAUUUUAUAUUGCGUAAUAAUGUAAGGUUACAUUUUAAAACACUUGUUGAUUGUUCAAACAAUUAAUUAAAUGGUAUAACAAUUAAGUCUUUUGUUUAAUUAUAACUUAAAACUUCUAACAUGGCGAACUCAGGGAAUGUAAAUUCUCCAAAGUCCUAUUUAUCACCUUUAUUUGCAGGAGCCACAGCUGGACUGUCAGUGGAUGUGACCCUGUAUCCCCUGGACACGCUGAAGACUCGACUGCAGAGCCAACAGGGCUUCUACAAGGCUGGCGGCUUCAGUGGGGUGUACAGAGGUCUGCUGACAGUGGCGACGAGCUCGAUGCCCACGACGGCGCUGUUCUUCAUGUCGUACGAGGCCACGAAGAGCGUGUUCCAGCCGCUGGUGCUGCCGCAGUACGCGCCGCUCGUGCACAUGUUCGCGGCCAGCGUGGGAGAGACGGUAUGUGCAGUUGUGACUGUGGUGCCGCAGGUCUGCUGACAGUGGCGACGAGCUCGAUGCCCACGACGGCGCUGUUCUUCAUGUCGUACGAGGCCACGAAGAGCGUGUUCCAGCCGCUGGUGCUGCCGCAGUACGCGCCGCUCGUGCACAUGUUCGCGGCCAGCGUGGGAGAGACGGUAUGUGCAGUUGUGACUGUGGUGCCGCAGGUCUGCUGACAGUGGCGACGAGCUCGAUGCCCACGACGGCGCUGUUCUUCAUGUCGUACGAGGCCACGAAGAGCGUGUUCCAGCCGCUGGUGCUGCCGCAGUACGCGCCGCUCGUGCACAUGUUCGCGGCCAGCGUGGGAGAGACGGUAUGUGCAGUUGUGACUGUGGUGCCGCAGGUCUGCUGACAGUGGCGACGAGCUCGAUGCCCACGACGGCGCUGUUCUUCAUGUCGUACGAGGCCACGAAGAGCGUGUUCCAGCCGCUGGUGCUGCCGCAGUACGCGCCGCUCGUGCACAUGUUCGCGGCCAGCGUGGGAGAGACGGUAUGUGCAGUUGUGACUGUGGUGCCGCAGGUCUGCUGACAGUGGCGACGAGCUCGAUGCCCACGACGGCGCUGUUCUUCAUGUCGUACGAGGCCACGAAGAGCGUGUUCCAGCCGCUGGUGCUGCCGCAGUACGCGCCGCUCGUGCACAUGUUCGCGGCCAGCGUGGGAGAGACGUUGGCGUGCCUGAUCCGAGUCCCAACAGAGAUCGCUAAACAAAGGAAGCAGACUUACACCGGCACAGAGAAACGUAGCAGCAUUCGAAUAUUACUACACGCAUUCCGUACGGAGGGUCUGCGCAAGGGCGUGUACCGCGGGUACCUGUCCACCGUGCUGCGCGACCUGCCCUUCAGCUUUAUCGAGCUGCCGCUGUGGGAGAUGAUGAAGAGCGUUGUCCGCGCCAGGAACGACGGCGACAUCACCAGCUUUCAGAGCGCCCUGUGCGGGUCCAUAGCGGGGGGGAUCGCCGCGGCCUCCACCACUCCCCUCGACCUCGCCAAGACGAGGAUAAUGCUCGCCGACGGCUACUCGUCCACCCGCAAACUGCGCAUCCGACCGGUGCUGGCGGACAUAUACCUACAGUCGGGCGUGAGGGGUCUGUUCGCGGGCGUGACCCCGCGGAUGACGGCCUUCAUGAUCGGGGGGUUCGUGUUCUUCGGCGUCUACGAGCAUUCCAAAGCUAUAUAUGACAGACACCUCGCUAGAUAGCAUUUUGGUGAAUAUAUUCAGGGAAAUAUAAGUGGUAUUACAAAAAUAUGUAAUGGGUGACGGUGUAACUGGUGGAUGGCCAUGCCAAAUGACGUAAAUGCCAAUGACGUCAUGAAAUUGGAAUAAAUAUGGCGCGUUGUCUUUUGGCAUUUUGUUGGAAAAAGAAAAGGUUGCAAAGCGUUGUUUAACUUUCUAGUAAACCAGGGUCUCUCAAACUAUUUUGUUCAGGAGAUCCCUUUUCAAAAUGAACUGUUACAACUGACCCUCUUCUUUAUUGAUAGAAAUAGCUAAUAUAACAAAUUCAGCAAUAACUUUUAUGUUAAAUUGAUACAGGUAUAUCACAAUAGCAAUAUAAUAAAACAAAUAACUAAUAUGUACUUAUAUAUUUUAUGCAUCAUUUAAAAAGGAUUUCUUAGUACCAUCUAAUGAUCCCUAGGUAAGUAUCAACACUUUGGGAACCCAAGUAUUAAACGGUUUGAAAAGUUACUUUGGCAAGAAAGAUACAUUUGGGGUGCUUAUAGGCUUACUUUACAAUGUAUCCGUUUUUUUAUACAUAGCAUAAUUUGUAUCAUUACGCAAGAAUGUAAUUACAGUGACCAUGUAGAGGCAAUUUACAGACAAUUAGUAUUAUGACUAAAGACAUAGAAAGCUGAAUGUAUUGAAAAUGCAUUAUGUUAUUUCGAGUGUAUCGGUGAAUGUGUUAAUAUAAAUGAACAGACAGUUAAAUGUAUUGUUAUAACAGAAACUACUUUUUAAAUAUUAAAAUUGAUUUUAAAUAAAAAUUAAAUGGCAAUUUACUUUAGUUUAGUUUUUAAAAGACUGAGUAUUUGACCAAAUGAUGUGUAUUUAUUAAUAUGACAAAUUAAAUUAGAAAAAACAUCAAUGUAUGUAAAGUCAAUCUAUUCCAGGAAGUCAGUUUGGCUUUAAAUGUGUGUGUAAGAUGUCAGACAGCGUGUUCGCGACAGCGAAUAUAUGUAUAACUCGUGCGCGUUAACUUGACACCUGGCUACCAAACACAACCAAACAAACGUACAAACAUCAUUCUAGCUAGUACUACUAGUAGCAUUAUAACUAGUACCUGCAUUUAAAGUCAAACUGGCUUCCAAUAUAUGAUUAUGUAUAUUAGUAUUUGCACGAUUAAUUUGCAUAAAAAUACACCUAUAUUCGAAUUCCAUGCAAUAUUGACUUGUUAUGAAUAUAAAUACAUAGUUGUUAAAUUAUUUUGUUGUAACUUAUAAUUUUGCUUUGUUUAUUGUUACGUGCAGGGUAUAGGGUAAGUAUGAAAUAAGGUGUUUGUUGGUCAUUGAAAAUAUCUUAAAUAUUAUUUGUAGUUUAAUUAUUAUUGUUGUAAUAAAUGAAUGUUGAAUUUUA